AUGAACACUAUGGUUUGUGUAACAUUCUUUUUAAUCACUCUGUCUAUUGCCUGCGACUUUACUCCAACAAUUCCAUGUAUAAACACCACUCAAGCACGAGGUGUUAUGUUUGCAUAUUUAGUGCUGUCGUGGCCAGGGACUUUUUGUUUAGAUAAGUGUUGUCACAGUUCUAUUCCACUUGACAAAGGGUUUUCAAUCCAUGGGUAUUGGCCGCAGAUAUCAUACACUGAAUACCCAUCUUGUUGUUACACUCAAUGGACGUCAGACGCCAUUUCCACCUACAUUUCCACACAUCCAACCCUUCAAAAUGAUUUGGCAACGUAUUGGCCGAGUCUUAAAAGGUGUUUAUUUUUCAAUUACGAGUUUCUGAAACAUGCCACAUGUCUCCCAUCACUCUUUUCUGGAAAAGAUGCUCCAAGUGACUUUGCUUCGAUUCCUUUGAACUUUGUGAAGAGUCAUGAUGUCUGGGCUGCGCUCAAAAACAAUGGAAUUCGCGACGAUUAUACAAAGUACUCCAAGUCGUUCAUCACAGACAUAUUGUUUCGUGUAUUUAAUGCUACCCCAAUCCUCUUUUGCGAUGGCGAAUAUUUCGACGAACUCAGGUUAUGUUCUCAAAUUCCUUAUUUCAAUGAAGUGAAAGAACCAAAUGUUUUUAACUGUUCGAGUGAAGCAAAACAGCUUGAGACAUGUGGGGAUAUCAUAGUCUUCCCUCCUUAUCCCGAAGUCGACACCAAUUCUAUUUGUUAUUAUUAA